UUCUCCAGCGGAGCUCGCGCGGCAGUGUAGUCUGAGCUCGUGGAGGGAUUAAAAAGACACCACCACCAGCAGCAGCAGCAGUAGCAGCAGUAGCAGCAGCAAUGUUUACAGGGAGCCCGAGCGGAUGUGUGACCCUGUGUUUGUGGAUUACGGCCCUGACGAGCGUCUCUGCAAGGAAGCAGGACGACUCCUUCUUCACCGCCAGCGUUUACCGAGCGAGAUGCGCCUCGAGGUGCCUCAGCCUGCACAUCACUCGCAUCUCCGCGUUCUUCAAGCACUCACAGAAUAAUGGCUCUUUGGUGUGGUGCCAGAAUCACAAGCAGUGCUCCAAGUGUCUGGAGCCCUGCAAGGAAUCUUGGGACCUGAAGGAAAACCAGUGCCAAGAUUUAUGUGAGCCCCUUUUUCCCAAGAAGCACUACGAGUGUCUUACAAGCUGCGAGUUCUUGAAGUCCGUUGAGGGGGUGAAGCAAGGCGACUGCCCCGCGCCAGAGAAGGCCAGCGGCUUUGCUGCAGCCUGCGUAGAGAGCUGUGAGGAGGAUGGAGAGUGCUCCACCGUCAAAAAGUGCUGCAGCAACGGCUGUGGUCACACCUGCCAGGUGCCCAAGAAUCUCUACAAAGGAGUCCCUCUGAAACCGAGGAAGGAUCUGGUGUUCUUGGAGCAGCCUUCGGGUCAGCUGGAGAUCCGCUGGUCGUCCAAGUUUAAUAUCUCAGUCGAGCCGGUCCUCUAUGUGGUGCAGCGCCGCUGGAACUACGGCAUCCAUCCCAGCGAGGACGAUGCCACGGAAUGGCAAACKGUGGCCCAGACCGCAGAGGAGCGCAUCCAACUGGCUGACAUCAGAGCCAGCAGAUGGUACCAGUUCAGAGUUGCAGCAGUCAAUGUCCAUGGGACUCGUGGCUUCACUGCACCAAGCAAGCACUUCCGAUCCUCCAGAGACCCUUCGGCGCCUCCUAGCCCAACCAAUCUGCGUGUCACCAACGUGACUUUGGGCGACGAAGGCACGGUGAUGGUUCGUCUCAACUGGAGCUUGCCAGAGGAGCCUGAUAUUCCCAUCCAUCACUACAAAGUGUUCUGGAGCUGGACUGUGCCCUCAAAGUCGAUGGUUCCAUCCAAGAAGAAGAGGAGAAAGACCACAAAUGGGGCUCAGAGCUGGGUGGAUCUGGAGGGUCUGCAACAAAACAGCAGUUACACUGUGGAGCUGCAGGCUGUCACAUACUGGGGACAGGUGCGCCUGAAGAGCUCCAAGGCCUCGCUCCACUUCAGUACCUCUCAGAAUAAUGAAUCAGCAAAAUCGACCCACAAGCCCAAGAAGGAGGAGAUAUCCCCUCUGAGCUCGACGUUGGCCAAACGCCCCUCUGGGCCUCUGGAAGUGGGCACACCCUUCUACCAGGAUGGUCAGCUCCAGGUCCGAGUCUACUGGAAGAAACGGGGAGACCCCACGGUGAGUCGCUACCACGUCCAGUGGAUGCCCGAGUACUGCAGCCACAAUGAGACCCGAGGCCCAGAGAAAUCCGUCACACAGGAGAACUACAUCAACCUUCCGGGUCUGCUGUUCUCCUGCAAGUACAAAGUCACCGUUCAUUUGCUAAAGUCCAAAAGACGCUCCAAGGACGAGAGCACCACCUUCUUCACCCCAUCCUGCGCUACCAUCCGGAGCAAGACCCACAAACACAUCCCCUGCCCGGGGGAGGGAGCUUCAGUCCUUCCAAAGGUUCUGGCUAAGCCAGAAAAUCUGACGGCCUCCUUCUCCAUGAAUGACGGAAACAUAACUGGCAGCUUCCUGUGGCGCGUGUCCAGGGUGGCUCCUCACCAACGGAUCACAGGCUUCCAGGUCACCUGGGCGGAGAUCAACACCGAGAGCCGGCAAAACAGUCUGCCCAACAGCAUCAUAUCCCAGUCCCAGAUCCUGCCUCCAGAUCACAAUCUGCUUGUCGUAUCUAAUUUGCGGCCGACUACAUACUACAGACUGGAGGUGCAGGUCAUAACAACUGGAGGCGAGGGACCCGCCACUGUCAAGACCUUCCAGACGCCAAAUAUACAACCACUGGCACAACACCGACCCAGACUCCGGCAGCACCACUCUCAUCACCAGAAGCCAUCAUUGGAGAAACACUGAGUUUGCGCACCGAGGCAAACCCAACCCGGCUGAGCGAAUCGCCUGUGACUCUGUUCCCGUCAGCCAGGGAAGGAAUGCGUGGAACCUCACAGAAACUCAGUUCGCCGGACCAUGAAGUGGACCACCCCACCUCCGCACUCUCUCAGCUCAUGAAAAAUGGGUCUAUCUUCUUCAGGCUCCACAAAGCAUCAGCUCCUUUUUAACCCCCACAACCCUCUCUCUCUCUUUUUUCACUUAGAUGUCACCGGAUGGGUUUGUGKGUGUGUACAGUGAAAGUUAAACUUCAAGGUUUCUUAUUUUGUGCUGCUUAGAGCACAAUCCUACCCCCCGCUUAUCCCGGCUCAUCCCAGACUUAAAAGCAAGUGAUGAAAUUUCUGGUCAAAAUARAUCCAUUAACUCAGAAAUUAGUUUUUGAUCACACUGUCGUUGUGCACAACAAAAAAAGACCUUUGAUUGGAUUUGAUAAACAUGUAGUUGAAAGCAACCUACUGGAUAGAAGGGCGAUGCCAGAGCAUUUGCUUAUUCUUGAAGAAAGAAAAAAAGUAGAACUUAAUCUAUUUAUUUUGUGCUUACCCAAUAAAGAGGCGCUUAGACAUGCAGUCUGUACUGAUGGAUAAUGUAACUAAAGUCCUUAUCGUCUAACCCAGAAUAUUUCAUGUAGUAUGUUGCAUGUAGUCCAUUUGAUUUUUGAACUGUAAAUGAAUUACUUGCUUCAAAUUGAAAGCUCGUAAUGUUUCUUUUUUUUUUUUUUGCAUGACAACUGUAAGCAUCCCGUUGGCAUGAAAUAAAAUAACGUCUAUGUGUUACCUCUUUUCAGUAUGUUAGCAAUAUUUCAUUAACAGAUUAACAAAUAAUUAUAUUGGAAGUAAUAUGUCACGUUUAUUAAUGAAAUUAUAACGUGUGGAGAUGAAUUGUACAUGUUCUUGGCUGUAGAAAUAUUUGUCUUGGAGCAGUCAGUGAAUGUUUAUAUUUAUUUAUGUGUGUGUAUUACAAUGUUUGCUUUUUUUUGUUGUGUGUGAAUGUGUUUGGAUUUUAUG